GGACGUCGGUGUCGUCUGGUUAGUGGUUAGGUGAACUAACCUCUAAUGUUAUGAAGUAGUAGCUCAUUAGGUUACUUUACAAAUUAAUUUUAAAAUAAAUACUGAAGAAUAUAAUUAUACAGUCUAGGAUUUUGUGUCCAGUGUAUUACAAUGUCGUUAGGAGACUGGGAAGAAGUAAAACGCUUAGCAGCAGACUUUCAAAGAGCUCAACUAAGUGUAACAUCUUUGAGAUUGACUGAAAGAAACUGCGUUGAAGUUGUUACUAAACUUAUUGAACAGAAACUUCUAGAAGUUAUCUUCACAACUGACGGUAAAGAAUAUUUGACACCACAACAACUUGUGAAAGAAAUCAAAGAUGAACUUUUUAUUCAUGGUGGUCGUAUCAACUUGGUUGAGCUUUCAAAGGUCUUGAACGUUGACCUUGCCCAAAUAACAGUGAAGGCAAAUGAAAUUGAGAGAGCAGAUACAGGAUGCCAGCUAGUCCUGGGUCAGCUGAUUGACCGCAACUAUACAAAACAUAUAGCGGAGGAGAUUAAUGAACGCUUGACUCAACAGGGACAAGUGUCAAUAGCUGACCUCACUCGGCAAUACGACUUGCCAAGCGACUUUCUACAAUCUGUGGUAGAGAAGCAGCUGGGCAAGGUGAUCUUCGCCAAGCAGGACAAGCAGGAUCAUCGGCUGUUCUUUACCGAUGCAUUUGUGGCCCGUAACAAGGCAAUUGUCCGUGGUGCUCUGGUAGCAGCCACACGCCCCAUCUCGAUUACAGCUGUGCUCAACCAGUGCGGCAUCUCAGAGAGGACUUUCUUCUCUGUAAUUGAUAGCCUACUAGAGAGCAAGGAAGUUGCUGGUACCCUGACUAGUCGGCAAGGUGGCACAGCUACUUUUAUCCCCCAUGUUUACUCCAAAGCUCAGAGUGAAUGGGUGAAUAACUUCUAUAAGCAGAAUGGGUACAUUGAGUACAGUGCGUUGAACAGGCUGGGUAUAUCAGACGCACAGUCGUUUGUGAAGCGCCAGUUCUCCGGAGAGAAGUUGGUAAUGUUACCGUCUUGUGCUGUGGGCAAGCAACUGCUGGACCAGGUAGAAGGUUCUCUUGAGGAUGCUAUAACCUCUCUUUCUUGGAUAGAUAUCAUGUCCAUUUUGCCAUCUAUUUUCGAAAUUGAAGAUGGUGAAGAAAUUUUGAAGGAAGUGUUGAAGAACAUCAAGAGUAAUGUACAAAUCCAUACUUUUUGCCAUACUUUCAUCGUAACUGAUCACUUCUUGCAAACUGUCAUGAAACCAAUAAAUGAAGAAAUCAUAGAUAAAAAAGCUGAAGAAGCAGUAUCCUCGGGCAAAUAUCAACAGUCCCGAGUGGACCGGGCGGUGGGCAAGGAGGUCCAGGUGGAAGUGGAUCACAAAGCAGAGCGGAGAGAGGAGCGGAGGAAGAGAGCAGCAGGAGGCAAGGGGGGAGGUGGCACACAGGGUAGAGAGACUAAAACCAAGUCAACAAAGAAGAAGUAUCAAAAGAAUCGUGUUGAAGCCAGUGACUCGGAAGAAGAAGAGCAUACCAGUGGAAAAUUGGAGCUUUUGUCGUUGAAAGAAGUGAUUCAGGUGUUAAAGCGAGAAGAGUCCCUUCAAGAUGAAGAGCUAGAUGAUUUCAUCACUGAAAUGGCCAAAUUUGUACUUCCGGAUGUGAACAGAAGAGCGCUCGUAGCAGCAGAGACAGCGUUUGAGAACAUAAUGAUGAAUCGCGGCUCCAGCCGACGCAAGACUCACUCCGACUUGCAGGAGAAGUUGAACGUGUCUGUGAACGAUGUUCGUCUCUACGAGAAAGCUAUCAAGCAGUUCCCCAACAAAGACACACAGGCCCAGCUUGCCAAGUAUCUACUAAAGACUACUGCCACCGAGAUAGCCAAUGCAAUCUUCAACUUUAUCGCCCAAGAGAGUGGCUCACACCCCGACAUGAGUGGAGACAAAGACCUUACACCUGAGGACCGACUGAAGAUCUUAGGUGAAUGUCCUGCUGAUACGAAGGAUCAACUCAUGAAACUGCACAAGGCUGUGAGUGGGAGUUCCAUUGACGAGUUUCUAGAGACGGUAGAACCUGCAUUUACAGCUGUCGGUCUUCUGCUUCGGAAACCUGACAAGAAAAAGGAGAGGCCCCAGCUGUUCGCUCACAGACAAGCCUUGAGCCAACAGCUGACAGUGUGUGAAGACCCGGCACUAGUGCUGCACCUCGUGGUACUCCUACUGUUCCAAGCUGUCACCCAGACAAUGCUGCAGGCAUCCGGCCGCUUUGUAUCCUCCAUACUGCAGUUUCUGGCACCUCACCUCUCACAGGAGAUCUACGACAAGCUGCAGAAGUACCACGAUUCUGUAUUGAAGCUUUUGAAAGUUGGAGAUGACGUCGAAGAAAAGAACCAAAUCAUAAAAGUACUACAAGAGGAUAUGAACUCAGUCAAAGAUAUUGCUUUAAAUUACAAAAAGAAUGACACAGUAAGCAAAUCAAGCUAAGGAUUGUUGAUGAUUAAUAUAUUUUUACUUUGGUUAUGGA